CAUUGUUAGUCAAACACUUGAACAGUUCGGCUGCUUUUAAGAUAUUAAGAUAGAUACUAAAAGUCGCAAUGCGCGUUUUAGAAUUAGCGUUUAUUUUCUUGAUAUUUAUUUGUAUUAUUUCUGUAGCAAAAUCGGGAAAAGGAAAACAAGCAUGGAGAGUUAAAGGUAAGCUGUCAAAAAUGAAUGGGAAACCAUCUAGAGACAGGAAUGGAAACGUUAACUUUGGAAACAAAAUGUCCAUUAUGCUGGAAAUGGACGGAGUUCAAAAAACGAUGGAAGUAAAGAAGGCAGACAUCGCGGUCCCAAGUAAACCUCCAUCGGCAGAGGAUAUGGAAGUUGCCGCGUACAGGAAUGAAAAGGAGGGCGUCUUUUGUGAACGCUUCUGCAAAGACGAUCAAUGUGAAGGACGUUGCAAACAAGAGACGACUGACGGUGUAUAUUACUUCACUGUCGGAGCGGCGAUAUACUGGAAAUCCAACAAAGGGACUAUCGACGCCAUUGUGGAUCAGAAAGAUAUGACAGUUACUUCUGAUGGAAAAGUGAAAGUGAAGGCAAAGGAAGGACAGAAACAAUCUCAAAAUCUCCAUGGAAAUAGAAUUAAGCAGGUCCAGCCAAAAAUGGCAGAACGUUUGUCUAAGAUAAAAACCACUAAGUCCGCAUCGCGCAGAGACAUAAGGGAUGCCCACAAAAGAGAUACAACUUUACUCAAAGAGAAGCCGUAUGUUAGAGAAAGAAGAGCUCUGGUUCCUGAUGUAGAAUCGGAUGUAGCCGUUAUAAAACUAAUGUUGGUACUCGAUUUAGGGUUCACAGAAAGAAUAGCAGACUUGGUUGGCAAUAAUGUGAAUGACAUCACAGCUGAAAGUGAAAAGUUUCUGGCUCUUAUUGUAAACGAGAUGGCGUAUCACCAUGGAAGCCUAGAGAACUAUGGAAACUCAUUUACGCUAAAUGGCAUAAGUCACCCUAUGAACAUGACUGUAUUUCUAAACAGUAUAGUUUUUCCGCCACUAAACACCGCCGGCACAGAAUUUGUCAACUUCGAUUGGUCAGAGUAUCAUGUUGGGUUCAAAGACUUUGGACAAUCUUCCGAGAAAGCAUUGUUCGCAUACCAUUAUUAUCUUCGUAACAGGUACUGGUAUUCGGAGUAUCCGAUCUAUUCCUUUGGCGAAUGGCUCAAAAACAGCGGGCUGUCUGGAUACGAUGUCGCACAUGCAAUAACUGGGUACGAUUUAGCUGAUCUAUCAUUGACAUAUUUUCGGGGCAAUUGGUAUUACCGUGAAGAAGAAACAAAUGUGAUAGGUCGCGCGUUCAUUGACACCGCAUGCAAGACGCAGACGGAGGAUUAUGCCACACGCACGGGUGUGUCAGAGUUGUUUGCAGCAAGUUUGUCAAGAUUACUUAGUCAUGAACUUGGUCAUAACUUCGGAAGUCCACACGACGACGGAUCAACAUCGUGUCCAGAAGGGAAAUACAUAAUGUCACCAUAUUUCGUGAGGCCAUCAAAUGCAACGCCAGAUUUCAACAAAUUUUCCUCCUGUUCGGCGGCCUCUAUUGCGUCUUAUCUAUCAAGCAUACCUUCCUCCCAGUUUGAAGAGUGCCUGUAUAAUAAUAAACCGAACAACACAGAAUUUAUGGAAAAUUUCUGUCAAGGGACCACAGGCUCCAACUACAAUCUAACAGCCCAAUGCAAGACACACUUUGGAGACAGCGCAUUCGUCUGUGCUAACGGGAUGCCCGGUAUCAGUGAUGGAUUUGUCCCUUUUGACGGGUGCCGCCUCGACUCUUCUAACGUCCAGCCCUUACUACGAUGUAGUGAUGGAGGCAGCUGUUCAACGACGAAUAACGUAUACACAAUUUGGCCAGGAACACCUUGUCUUAACCAAAACGAAACGCAAGGAAACCGGGUUUGUUUCAAUGGAGUAUGUUCGGACCCUGUAGAUUUUUGCUGAUCACUGUCCUCUCAGAUUUAACGAUGCCCACAACCGAAUCACCGACAAGACGACCACUAUUUUAAGACAUUUUAGAAACUAUAUUGUUGCAAGUUCAGAAACGUUUUUAAUGAAAGGCAUACACAUAUGUAUGGUGGAAUGUCAGUCAUGAUUUAGGAAAUAGAAGCAAUAAAAUAUUCCCUCAGCAUUAA